CCGAUUCCGAUCCCAAGGUCAAUACCACAAAGAUGAGAUUCUCAAACAUCGCCACCGCCGCGGCCUUGAGCCUUGUAUCAGCUUCUCCAGCACCAGCCGUGGACACAUCUCCCAUCCGUGCCGAAAUCUCCUAUGAGCAGCCGCCAGAGCCAUGGACAGUGAUGGGCCCCCCAGCAGCAGGGACCGAAUUCUUCAACUUGAAGGUGAACUCAUCUGACGCUGCUGUUACGAACCAAUGGGUUUCCUUGAAGGGCAAGAACUAUGUGCUAGGUGGCACCACCCAAAGUGCGGCUGCGAAAUUCUUCGCGAUCAAGUACAAUGAAACGGGAACAUACUCCCUUCUCAACUCCGAUGAUACUCGCCAGGUCGUGCUUCAAGGGGCCAACACGACUCUGCUUUACUUCACAGACGUCACUAGCCCAACGGGCGGUAGUAUCCCAGCGGGUCAGGCUUGGGAGUGGUCCAUCUUCACCACGGAUGCCAACAAGCUCUGGUUGAACGAUGGAAGCACUGCUCAACUGCGUACAUGGGCUGCGAUGAAACAAACCGACAACUCUUACCGAGUUGCACUCUUUGAUGGGGUUGGACCUAUCGGUGGUACACCAGUACCUAUCGGCAUCUCAAUUGUCAAGACAACUUAA